AUGUCUGGAAUAUAUUCGGUCGAGGAUCUGUUAAAGCUACGAGCGUCGCCAUUAAUAUGUAAACCUCCAAAUCUGCCAGCGAUUGAAGAAUGGAUGGGACCCUCAGAACCGAGCGGCAGGAGACCUGUUCCACGCACGAGCAAAGAUGAACCGCUCAUGCAAACUGAAACGUUUCAAAAGAGGCCGACACUCCUUGACUCCCAGCGACGAACGACUACCGACCCCGAUCGCAUCGUACUUGGCCCACCACGCCGCUCCUUCGCUUCGUCUAGUGCGCGCGCCGCCGGCAGGGCACAGGAUGCCGCAGAUGAGAAGGAUCGCACUACUUUUGGCGACAGGACGAAGACAGGCGAAGAGCACGAGCGACAGCACGAGCGAAGACAUACCCAAACAAAUGGGCGUUACGCCAACCGCCAAGAGAGCGAAGAUCCGGAGCCCGAAGGCCGUCGUGAGUACGACCGUAAGCCAAAGUGGGCAGGAAGAGAUCGGGGUGAUCACGACCAAGACAACGAUCAAGCUCUGGAAGAACCGUCGCGUGGGCCCAGACGAGAUACACUAUCAAGAGCUAAGCUGUCGCAGUCAUGGUUUAGAAAGGACAUUGGUGACGCUGAGGAGGACAAGGCCCCAGACUGGCGUCGAGAUCGAGGUAGAGACCGUGACUGGGAUCGGGACCGCAAUGCCAAAGCUGAGGCGGAGCCUGAAUGGAUGGACUCUGCUGAACCCGAGGAACCGUUCCAAGCCCGCACCCAAGAAGACUUCCAACGGUGGAAAGAGCGCAUGAAAGCUGGGGGCGCAGCACCUCUCGAGAAGAUCGAGACUGCUGUCGCCAGCCCACCACCCGAGGAGAAACCUUCAGCCAAGCGAGUUGUCUCGGCCGAGCCAGACGACUCGAUGGACAAAUUCUUGGCCAGGUUCGAGUCCAAAGCUACUGAGCAGAAGGCUGCCGUCGUCAAGCCGCACGGCAAGAGCAAAUUUGCCUCGCUUUUCAGCCCUUCAACCGAGCAAAACAAGCAGGUCGAAUUUCCUUCCCAGCAGCUGCUCCCACCUACAGAAAGACCUUCGUCGGCUGAAGCAUCUGGCCCUGCUACUGAUGCUGACCAGGCCGGAUUCGCACGCAUUCUGGAAAUGCUUCAGACGCGUAGCAACAAUCCCACCCCACACAGUCAAGAAGCACCAAAGCCGAGAACGCCACUCUAUGCUAGAGCCUCUGAACAGAGAGCCGAACCCGAAGCGAGGCCCCCUCAGCUCGAUCUGAUCGCCCUCCUGGGUGGUGAGAGCGAGGCGGCACAACAAAAGCGGCCAGAUCAGGACCAACCCGUUGCCCCACAACAUCGAUCGAUUGAUACCGAGUCACCUGUUCCACAAUCCGUACACACGCGACAACAGCCGAGCAUCAACAAGGAUGAAGUUCUGCUGAGCCUGCUCCGUCAAGCGAGUUUGGCACCAAAACCUCACCCACCACCUCCAGCGGGGAGUGGUCUUAUGUUUGGAUCAGCGAAUGAUACAGGUAAUCGGCCUAUCAAUUCCCGAGGAGUUACCGUUUCACCCAUUCAAGCAGAACAACAUGCCUUUCGAGCAGCUACUCGAGGAUCGAUGUUCGACGAUUCGCCCGUGUCCAUGUAUCCAAGUGACCAGGCUACAAGAGAGCAGGGCACAAGACGGCCAACCAACGGUACUCAACCAUCGCAGGAAGAUCUUUUGAUUUCAUUCCUUCGAGGCCAGCAGACACAGCAGAGACCGGCGCAACCCACACAACAAAGUGUGCAGGGUUAUCCCCCUGGUCUCCACCGACCUCCUGGGUUGGACCAGCUACCGCGACAGAACCCGAAUUGGGUCGCUCAGCAGGCGCCAGCCCAACAGCAACCACCUCGCCAGCCAUCGCUUCCUCCAGGGCUGGCUAACAUUCCCCGUAGCAUGUCAGGUGCACCGUACGGACAACCGCAGCAAAUCCCGAUACAACAAGUUCCACAGCAGCGGCCACAACAGCCCCAACGCAAAUAUACCUCCGAGUCAGCCAUGCCUCCUCCAAACCUACCCCCCGGCAUGUAUCCGCCUCCAGGGUUCAUGAAUGCCGGUCCGCCCCCGGGCUUUCCUGGUGGAAUGGGAAACCAUCCGGCCGCCAGGUUCGGGGUUGACCCAGGGCCGCAACAACGCGCAUUCAUGGAAAUGUAUGGUGAGGUUGGUGGUCGUGGAUUGGGAUUGAGAGGUGGUGCCGGCAACGGUGGUAUGCCACCCUAUCGAUAA